AUCGGCAUUUCUCGUGUGAUGGUCGCGUCUUUGCUGACCUCUGACCGGGCGUGGUCGCCAUGCGGAUCACCAAGUCUCUCUCGCGCUCAGCACAAACACAGUCGGGUGCGGCACACCUUACGUCAAAACCACCGUGUCCACCCCUUCCCUACCCAGCAUACACGACACACAGCAGAGCCACCCGUAGCUACACGCACUUUGUUAGCAGCAGGCAGCGAGUGCGACGGUGUUCUUGCUUCUGUCGCAUCGUGACGAGUCACACCUGCUGCUGGGCGCUGACAUACGUGUCGGAAAUUCAUCCGGGUGCUUUCAAGAUUCGUCGAGGAGCUAUACCUUGUUCAAACCUUAUGAUCCCGGAUUUUCUUGCAAUUAUUGGUGUUGGAGUAACUAACUGCUGAGUCCGGUUGUCGGAGAGAAGGACUCUGCUGCAGAAGAUGGUGGCGAGGGUGCUGUCUGUGAUCGGGGUGCUCCUGUUAAUGAUGCCGGACAGCGUGAUUCCUGUCACUCAGAACAUGGGCGACCUUACCUUCACGUGCCCUGACGGCUGGACCAUACAGGCGCCAAACUGUUACCUCAUAACGCCCACGCGUAGAGACUUCAUGUCUGCGCAGGAGACGUGCAAAAAGUAUGGAGCCAACCUUGUGAUCCUAGAAGACGAGGUGGAAUCACUGAGUGUCAGCAAGCUGGUUCGCCAGACAAGCCCAUCAAUCGACACUUUCUGGAUCGGGAACAUUAUGCUUGACGAACAAUGUGUGUGUGGUGGGCUGUGGGACAUCAUGCAGCCUGCAGACCUCAACUCUACUUACGUGUCCUCACGUGCGUCCAAUGGACGGUGGAGUACGACAGACCCCGACACGAGACUACCUUUUGUCUGCAAGCUUCCUGCAUGCUUAGAAGGCACAUUUCGCUGCCGGACGGGUCCCAGUGUCUGAACGAGGCCUGGAGUGUGACGGGGUGUAUGACUGUCCCGAUCAGUCUGAUGAAGCGAAUUGUGAAUCAAAGCCCCAACUGGCGCCAUGCUCCAGCUACAUGCAGGAACCAAGCGGAAGUCUGAACGUGACGUAUGAAGCCAACAGGCCGUGCACGUGGGUCAUUGAAGGAGACGUUGGACAAACUCUCUCCAUAACAUUUCACACUGUGGACCUCGAGAGCGACGCCGACUACAUAGAAGUCUGGAGCGGAGGUCCAACGAUAGAGACCAGCACCCAGAAGGCUUUGUUCACCGGAAGUCUAAGAGAUCGAAUUGUUUAUGGCGAUGACAACUUCAUCAUAAUCAGACUGAUCUCGGAUAAUUCUGUUGAAGGAACAGGGUUUACAGCUACUUGGCAAACAGAACCUGAAUUGUCGUCCGAGGAAAUAAUGGUGGAGGCUACAGACAGUUGGACAGAAGUGACGUCACCUCACUAUAACAAUUCUCAGCGCCCUUCUGUCUACUUCCGCCAGUUCACCGUGAACACGACCGACGGAUCCCAUAUUACCAUGGAGAUAAUGGAUAACCAGCUGAUGGUCGAUGACUUUGUGUACAAUCCACAAGAGCUGUCUAGUAUAGUCUCGUCUUCCAAUUCCUCGCCAUUGGUCUUCGUCUCACUGGGCAGCAGCUUCACCUUCCACAUCUCUUCUAAGGGCAACAACACCCGUGCUUUCCGCGCCAGAGUCAAGCGGGGAUGUUUGCCGGAUCUCACACUUACUUCUGGUGUGAUUGAGUCUCCUGGACCUACACCCACUGGCCCCUACCCUUCAUCUCUCACCUGUACAUACACUAUCCGAGCACCAAAUGACCAUCCGAGAGGCUUCAUGAUCUCGUUUGUGUCUUUCAAGAUGGCUGACGAUAAGGAUGAAAUAACGGUGUACAAUGUUACUGACAGUGUGUCAAACCAAAUGUACACUAACAGUCGGUACACGAUGUCCAGUCAACUACCUCAGCAUCUGUACUCGGGGUCUGUGUUUGUCAUUCAAUUCACUUCCAGCCUUGCGCAGUCCGAUGGCUACUUCGCGCUGAACUUUAGUCGUGACUGCCCAGCUGUGGCCGACACGACCAACAUGAUCCUGUCUACACCCCUCAGCCACGCAUUCACCUUUGUCAGCAUCUCUUGUAACCAAGGCUACUCCUUCGCCCAAGAAGAGUUCGUCAACAGCACCAUGGUCAGCCUGACCUGCAGCCAGGACGGCAACUGGGACAAGCCGCGGAUGCCAACCUGUCGGCAAACCUAUUGUGGCGUUCCUCAGUCUAUCGCUAAUGGAGAGAUAUCCAGGGGUUCUGGUAGUGCUCGGUAUGGAGCUACUGUUGAGUACAGGUGUUUCCAAGGAUUUCGUCUGAAUGGCUCAUCGACCUCCACUUGUCAAGAGAAUGGUCAAUGGACAACCCCGCCUGAAUGUCAAUCUGCCACCUGUCCACCUCCGCCGACUAUUGUCAAUGGGAAUCUGACUUUGAUCAAUGCGAACUCCAGCUCUAGCGCCGACAGGCAGUAUUUUGGUGCCAUCGUCAUGUACACCUGUCACCCAGGCUAUGACCUCAUUGGUUCUAUGUACUCGCAGUGCUAUUCAGCGGUCUGGUCUAUGUCACCUCCUGUUUGUCAAGCCAUCAAAUGUCCUGUGCCUGAAGUAGACAGAGCCACACUAUCGACACAGAGUCCUGUUGAGCUUGGAGAGUCUAUAAAUAUCACCUGUAACCCUGGAUACACUAACAACGGUACAGACAGAUUUGAGAGUACCUGCACGAGUAGCGGAAUGUUUGAUGUGCCGAGAAAUGUUUGUCAAGAUAAAAAUGAAUGCGAGACUCCAAGACCUUGCGAAGCCCACCAGACAUGCCACAACACUGACGGCAACUUUACCUGCGUGUGUGAAAAAGGUUAUACACUCACUUCAGGAAAGUGCGAAGAUAUCGACGAGUGUGCUAACAACACAAGCGGUUGUGACGUCACUAACGGCUACUGUAACAACACCAGCGGCGGCUUCACGUGUGGGUGUAACUCAGGCUACACGAUGUAUACACAGAACAGUACGACUGGCAAGUACAUUCCACUCUCUGAGGAUGGCCUGCGACAGGGCGAUGUCUACUACAUCAACCACACCUGUGUCCCCAUUACCUGUCCGAGCCUAUCCAGCAUUCCACACGGAACACUUCUAAGUGCCUCGACGUCGUACGUCUAUAACGAGACUGCUGGGUACAGGUGUGACCGGGGCUACAACUUGACAGGUUCUGCUGUGGUGAGAUGUCAGUGUAACGGCCAGUGGUCAGCUUCACCUCCCACCUGCAAUCCCAGGUACUGUGCUGCACUGUCACCCACUGGUAUUGUGUCGGCUGUGAUUCCUCAAAAUCAAACGGUUAUUGGAGACAAGGUGACACUAGUCAGGUCUCAGGUUGGCCCUGAGUACAACAAGACCCUCUACUGUGCCUACGAUCCCUCACCGACAACAUGACGCUACAGGGGGACAGUCCCA